AUGGAAACCUUCGGAUGUGGGAUACAAGCGAACCCAACCCCUACCAUACGAGUGACACACUACACAAUAAUUUUAAUGUAUACGAGUCCGCAACUUUUAGUAAUCUUUAGCCUCCUACAUGUAUUAAAUGCAAAAGUAGAUGACUAUUUUGAGUUAUUUCCUGAGUUGGAGCAGUUGCGUGACAGUGUUGUAGGCAGUGAUAAUUUCAAAAGAGAAGCUUUUGAUAGAUUAUAUGAAAGUGCGUUGAAUAUAUUCGACUUACAGGGAUAUAAAAGUUUAUUAAAUCAAAUAACGAAUGGUAAUAGUGCUGCCGCAUUUACGGAAUCCUUGAGUAGCCCAAACUUUGGUUCCCCUCAUUGUGAUAAGGAUGGAAGAAAAUAUAUUAUAAAGGGUAAUCCGGCCAAAUUUCCUGGAGGACCGACUAACACACCAUCAUACAACCUAGUUAAAUGGAUUGGCAAUCUACUGUCCCAAUCUAAAACUACAAAAUCUGCAGAAUCAAUCUCUCCAGCAGUUAUGGCCUUACAGGGGUUUUCUAUGGUUAAGGGCGCCGUUCAAACGGGAGUUGCUGUGAUAACCGAUAUCGUCCCACCCAUGAUUCCACCACCGUUCUGGAUCAAUGCACCACUUCCAUGUUUGCCCAUGGUUACAGGAAUGAACUGCCUCGGAUCAGUCCUAUAUCCAAUAUCAGCCUCUGACUUUGUAAUGGCAGAUAUUUCAGAUUCCGCGAUGGAAGGUAUUAUAGCUUCUUUUCCUGGCAAAUACCUGGCAAAAGUCGGUAGAACAAGUGAUUUGCAAUACAAAUUGUGCGCAUCUGCUUAUUUGGGAAUGCAUUGUGCCAGUAUAUUUCCAUUGUGUUGGAUUCCACCUGGUAUUUCUAAUGCCUCCACCUUCCCCUUAUGCUAUGUACAGUGUUUGGCCACUUUAGUUGCUUGCCCAGGAUUCUGGCUUGAUGAUAUAAUGGGCCCCUGCUCAGACGUGGCAAUACCCCCAUUUUGUUCCUUCUCCGUAUUUGUAAACCACUCAAGAGUACCUCCACAAUACUCUUCAUUUGACGAUUCCCAUCCAUAUCCACCAGAUUGUCCACAAUAUGAUCCAAAAAUGGAUUUACCAAAGGAUAUAGAUGAUGUACAACAUUUUAGUGAUUCACCGAUAGAUAAAGAGUAUAAGAAAUUCCAUGUUGCCAAGGGACACUUGAAAUGGACACCAUAUAAGAAUUGCGAUUGCCAAAAGUUGCAAAAUGUUUGUCAUACAGUACUUCCAUACCCAGUUUUUAAAAAGUAUACUAAUGAAUUUGCGGAGACGCAUUAUGAAUCCCCAUCACAAAACCCCAUUUAUAGUCGCUGUUGUAGAAUUUGUAAAAAGAUAGCAAGAGUGUAUCACCGCAACACUAUAAAUACAUAA